UUGAGAAAUUAACAAGUUGGCAUUAUAAUGCACAGACAUUUAUUUAUCCUGUGACUAAUAUUUUCGACUGCAGAUCAUGUCAUGUGUCUUUCUGACAGCAAAUGUCGAAAGCUAAUUUCCAACUGUCAAAAUCAAGGCAGAAUUUGGGAAGGAUGUUUUGUUCCACUAGAGGCGCCAUCUAGUUUACACUUUAGAACUAAUUACAAAUAGAUUAGAGUAGGUAAGUAUUUAUAGGAAUAGUUACAGUUAACACAAUACAGCAAUCAUUCUUGAAACUUACAAAUAUGACAUGAAUAGGGCGCAGGAUGACGCUUUCAAGUUAGGCGGAGCGUAGGUACGCCAUUUAAUUGAUAUUUCUCAUUUCUGUUGGUUAUACAUUAACUCGAAGGUGAUUAAAGAAGGAGAAUUUAAGGCUCUAAGUUUCCGUAGAAAUGCUAUUGCAGAUUCGAUUCUAUACAGUUUUCAAUUAAAAUAUUUUCUGUAGGUCAAAAGAAACCGCUUUCAAUUAUUCCCGCUUGAAUACUUUUUCGGACACAGCUAGAUGGCAGCACAGCAAACAAUUCUGUCUCGAUAAAGUUAUAUUUUUUGGCCUUGGGUAUAUUAGUGAAUAGUGUUGUGUGUGAGUCAUAAGGGAGUGAGCGUGAGUUAGGUUAGGAGUGGUGGCUGUGGAAAACUAGUUUUACUGUAGUGCUUUUUGGACGAUGUAGCGCUGAUUACAUACGGAUUAUUACGGUUAUAAUCGGAUUCAGCAACGAACAAGAUGGUUAUAAAACUAACGGGAAACGGUUUGGGGGAGAGGCAGCACGACUUUAACGUCAAAGUCAGCGAAGCCGCUUCAAAUGGUGUAAGUUUCGAUGACAUCAAAGGCGAGACGGACAUAGACAAACUGUUCAAAAUAGAACUGGCAUCGAAAUACAGGAAAAUAGGAUACAUUAUAGAAGUCCUGAAGUCAGGCGACAGUUUACAUAUUUCAAGAGCCCUGAAAUGCAUAUGGAUGUAUGAUGACGAAUUCUCCGAUACCAUAAGUGUAGAUAAUCUUCGUAACAAUGUUAUACCAUUGAUGUCCUUCAGAAUGAAAAGGAAGCUCCUACUUGCUAUAUCAAUGCAUGUUCAGAAUGAAUAUAGAGCCGCUGAAUUUUAUAAAUACUGUCGAUCCGAAAGGUUAGACAAUAUCGCUGUAAAAUUCCUUACUUCCACAAAUGAUAACUUCAAAUUAGAAGUCAUAAAAGACAAUUCUAAUUGUGGACUAGUCACAUCAAUACAAGGCUUAAGGCGAAAGAAUUUGAUUGGACACUCGUUCGUACUAGCUAAAGCUUUUAUAGAACUAUUCUAUGAAAAUAAUAGGCUCCCUGUUCUUCGGGAUCUGAGCUACUUAUUUGCAGAUUCUAGCGAAGAUUAUUUAGACCUACUGGAACAAACAGUUAACCCUUAAACGCAUAGUGUCCCAAAAUUGAAUCACCCAAUUAAACCACCAAUAUCCGUCCAUAAUAUUUGUGUUUGACACAUUAGGCUGUAUGAAAUGUUUCUUUUGCUCCUUCUCUAACCACAGAAUAACUCAACUCGUGACAUUUUGUGUUGUUAUCUGUGGCUGAUUAACAUUUUACUUUUUGGCGCGCGUUUCUCAAAUAGUUUUCAGUUGAGUGCACUUUGGCGACGUAUAUUACAAAGUUAUUUGCUGAUUUUGGAGAAAAAAAAAUUGUUUUCUAAAGGUAAUGACUAUUAUUUAUACAAUAAUUUAUGCUUUUUUAAAUUUACUAUAAUUGUUAUAUGAACAGGAUGCUUUUUUGUUUUGAUGCAAAAAUGGGACAGCAUGCACUAUUGGUGCAUAAAAACAAAAAAUUGAUACUGCUAUAUGAAGCAAUACAUUUUGUGAUUUUAUUUGUUUUGCUUUGGUGAGGUUGCAUGUGCAAUGCAUGUGGUUGGUUAUUUUGUUUUAGAAAUGGCAGAAAAUAAUAAGAGAGAUGGUGACAUUGAGUUUUGGUUGCGCCAGCUGGAAGAUGGCGCCAUUUCUGAAGACGAUUUCGAGUCGGACGGUGAUGAACUUGAUUUUUAUCCGACCCAACAAGAUUUAUUAGAUGUUUUAGAAAAUGAUAAUGACGACGGUGAGGCUAGGUCUAGUGAUAAUAACGAAGAAAUUAUACCCGAUCCUCCUAUUGUAAUAGCGGAUGCUGUUCCUUCAAAUAAUAUUGAUGCACCGGUACAUUCUUUAGACAUUCAGAGGUUGAUAUGGAAAAACCAACCUCUGCCAUUCAACGAAAAUGCCAUAAAAUUUAAUGGAACUGAAGAAUACCCUGAAAGUUUGAUGAACCUUCAGACACCUUUCCAAUUUUUUUCCUACUUUUUUACUGAAGAUUUUCUUUCACAAAUUGUUACUGAAACAAAUUAUUAUGCUGUACAAAAGAAACCUGAUAGACCUGACGUCAUAACAUUAGGAGAACUGCGAAAAUAUCUCGGAAUCUUGAUUUAUAUGAGUGUCUACCACUAUCCAAGUGUACGUGGUUACUGGGCUAACAAGCACGGGUUUGAAGCAAUUAUAAAAGCGAUGCCUGUCAAUAAAUUUGAAAAAAUAAGAAGAGUACUUCACUUCAACGAUAACAAUAAACACCUACCAAUAGGUCAUCCCCAGCAUGACCGACUUCACAAGCUACGCCCUGUAAUUGAACAUCUCAAUGCCAAGUUCUCCAGCAUUCCAAUCAGUCAGCGCUUAUCCAUCGAUGAGCAAAUGUGUGCUACCAAGAUGGGCCAUUUUUUAAAACAAUAUUUGCCUAAUAAACCCCAUAAAUGGGGUUUUAAAUUAUUUGUAUUGUGUUCUCUGACAGGUUUUGCUUAUCGUUUUAUAAUUUACGCUGGCAAAGAAAAAGAUGAUCGUUUGCCUAACGAGCCUGAUAUAGGGGUUGUAUCACAAACAGUGAUAAAACUUGCUAGAAUAAUUCCUAGACAUGCUAAUCACAUUAUAUACCAUGAUAAUUUCUAUACCACAUUGCCCUUGAUGUAUUAUUUUGCUAAAGAAGGAAUACAAUGUGUAGGAACUGUUCAAAGAAACCGCCUAGGUAAGAAAUGUAAAUUGCCCUCAAAGCAGGAUGUAAUGAAAAAACAAGUGCCAAGAGGGUCCUAUGUGGAAUAUAUUACACAUAUUGAUGGGGUCGACAUGUCUUCAGUGAGUUGGAAAGACAAUAAGCAAGUAGUUCUGCUCUCGACCUACGUAGGAGCUGAACCAUUACAGUCUAUCGAAAGAUAUGACAAAAUAGAAAAGAAAAAAAUAAUAAUAGACUGCCCAAAAAUAGUCAAAGAAUACAACGCCCAUAUGGGGGGCGUUGAUCUGAUGGAUUCAUUUUUGGGCAGAUAUAGAAUUAAAGUCAAGACUAGAAAAUGGUAUAUGAGGAUUUUUUACCACCUUUUAGAUGUAUCUAUUAUAAAUUCUUGGGUUCUAUACAAAACUGUGGAGACAAGAAAAGGAGCAGAUCCAAAGAAGCUUAAAAAUCUGUCAGAAUUCAGGUCAGAGCUGGCUGAUGUCUUAUGUACCUAUGGUACUACGACCCAGCCAACAAGAGGACGUCCUAGCAACAGCAGCAUCACUGAAACCAUAGAGGCAAAAAGAAAGAAAGGGUGCCAGGUUCUUCCACCGUCUGACGUUCGGUUAGACAAUCUUGGUCAUAGCCAAAUUAAAACCGACCAACGCAUGAGGUGCAAGAGACCUGGCUGUAAGCUACAGAGCUUUGUAAAAUGCACAAAGUGCAGUGUAUUCCUUUGUGCAAAGAAAGGAAACGAUUGUUUCAAUUUGUUCCACAGUUAAUUAAUAAAAGCAUUUUUUUUGUCGAUCUUGCAUAAUGUCCCAAAAAUGCAUCAACAUGAUUUUUUUAUUAAAAACCUAUAAAAUAUUAAUUGUUAUUUUUUUUAUUAUUUUUCCCGUUAAUCGCAGCUU